AUGGGCCCCUCAGGACGCAAGGAGGGCAAGAAGUUCACCAAAGGUGUUGAAAUGACAGAGUCAACGGGCAUGACUGCGCCGCUAGACACAAGAUCGGCAGGCUUACCUAUACCAGCAACUGAGUGCCCCUUCCCGCUACCCAGCGACAGCCCCCCCGCCGCCUCCUCCUCCUCCUCAGGAAAACAAGAGCCAGCAAAAGUCCCCGCCGCCGGCUCCUCAACUUUCGUGGAUAUAUCCACGUCAGAGUCGGAGUAG